AUGAGUUCCAACGAGGUGACAGCGCUCGAGAACGAAGUCAAGGAAUACCGACUACAACUGGAGACGGUGCAGUCGAGUCUGCAGGAUGAUCCUGAUAACAGUGAAUUACAGAGCCUGAAAGCAGAACUUGAAGAAGUCAUAUCCCUCACCGAAGCUGCCAUUUCCGAACUAAAGCCUGCCUCAGUAUCAACAAACGCUGCACGACCGUCCUCGACCGACGUAAAAGAGAAAUGGUCGAAAGAGAACCACCCAGCAUAUCAAGCUGGCUAUCGAAAGCCUGAUGUCGAGCCAGAAGAGUCGGCCGGUCCAGUCACAUUCUCCGUCAAUGAUACAGUUAUGGCCAGGUGGAAGACCGGCGAUGGCGGUUUCUAUACGGCUCGCAUAACGUCCAUCACCGGCUCAAAGAGUGAUCCGGUGUAUAUUGUCACCUUCAAGAGCUACGGCAACACCGAAACCCUGAAGUCUAAAGACAUCAAGCCACUUUCGAAUGAAGCAAAGAAACGGAAGGCUGAUGGCAUGUCAGGGUCAUCGACUCCAGUCGCACCACCGUCAAAUCCGAGUGUCAUAUCUGCUGCAGCAAGCGUGGAUCCCACACUGGCACAGCAAGCGAAACGUGAACCGAGUAAAGUCAGUGACGGACCCCUUCGACCAGCCAAGAUACCUCGCAAAGUCAAGGCGAACAAGGAGCUAGAAGCGGGUAAAUCGAAAUGGCAGGAUUUCGCAGCGAAAAGCAAAGCCGGCAAAUUCACCAAGAAGGACAGUAUGUUCAGGACGGGCGAAGGAGUCAGCGCGAGAGUUGGAUUUACUGGCAGUGGACAUGAGAUGCGCAAGGAUCCGACCCGAUCACGACAUAUCUACGAACAAGGCAAUCAAGACGAGUAA